CAAUCCAAGGAGAAGAAAAGCAGAGCGAGUCCAAUGGGGCUUUGAUGGAAAAUGUCAAAGAACUCCAAAAACUUUUUUACACCAAAAACGAACUUCAACUGCCAUGAUCUACAAACAACUGCCACUUGUUCAAUCCCAAUUCCACAUCCUCCCCUUUUUCUUCCAUCGCCAUUUUCCCGCUUUUGCCCUAAUCCCAAAUUUCGCAAACGAGCAGGAACAGCACAGAGUUCACAGAAAGAAAAUCGAAAACCAGAGGAAGAACAGUUCUGAUCAGACAGAACAGAACAGAACAUCGGCAAUGGCAGGAUCGCAGCAAAUGAAUGGUCCAUCUCCGGCUCAGCACACCACCGAGGUUCUUUCCCAGCGCAAGAAACUGCCGGUUUGUCCGAUGAAAAUGGCGGUCGGCGGCUUCGUGAUCGCCGCCACACUCGGUUACUUCGUCCUCUGCACCAAGAAGAAGCCCGAGGCUUCCGCCCUUGACGUCGCUAAAGUCACCGCCGGCGUGGCUACUCCGGAGAACACCCGUCCCCGCACGUAGAAUUACAAAUUGGAACUUAACCAUAACCUGUACUCUUCUUCUUCUUCAAAAGAAUUUCGUCUCGAUUUUUUUUCUUUUUUUUGUUAUGAUCAUUCUUGUUCGAGUUUGAUAAUGAUAUGUAUUAUUUUUGUCUAA